UUUAAUGUUUUAAUUUGUAGUGUUCAAUUUUUAUAGGCUUAGCUUGAUAAUUGCAAACAAGUUUGGUUUCUCAUAAAAUCAUAACUCAUGUCAUAAAAUGUUUAUAACGAGUUUGAAGUUAUUAGUUAGCUAUUUUACUGCUAGACUGCGACUCCAUGUUGCUCUGUUGACUGUUGUACAUAUACGUCAUGUAAAUACAUUUCAAAUUUCUUAUCUAACGAAAAUAUUUUCGUCUUUUAGGCUUGAACACGGUUGUAUAAUGCAUAUAGAUAAUAUAAUCUACAAACCUUGGCUGUGUAGUAAUAGUACUGUAGUGUGCAUUGUAUACUAGCUGUAUUGUAUAGUGUAUUCUGAUUCUGUAUACUUCAAGUCUGUAGAUAAUAAUGUACAUUGUAUAGUAUUAAAACUAUAACUAUUAUACAUUAAAUAAGUACAUUAUAGUAUAAAUACUGUAAAUUGUACAUAAUUGAUACUUUAGCAUUAACACAGUCCUGAAUAGAAUAUUAUACUAUGUUACUAAACAGAAUUAUUGAGAUAAAUCUUCUCGGUUCAAUGAUCUUCAGUUGUUUAAGUGUCAGUCGUUGUGCCUUUGUUUUAUCACUUUUAAGUUAAUGAUAGUUUUUGUUGUGUUGAAACUUGAAAAUAGUCAGUUUAUUGACAUUGUGUAAUGAGUGUAUAUUGAAGAUCAAAAUAUAUACUCACCAACAUCAGUAUGUUGCUGCAAUCAAUACAACGUUUAUUUAAAUCAAAGCAAUCACAUAUAUUUACAUUGGUACCUAUAUAAAUAAACACUUGAAUAUGACGUGGCUGCACAUACUACCUAGAAUGCAGGGAAACGCCUUGGAUGUAGAAUUAAAAAAUAUGAUGUACUAGAAACCUUGUUUAAUGAAGUUUUUAUCUAUAAUUAAUAUAAUUUUGGUGAUAAAUUGACAUGGAAAUAUGGAAAUGAAUUCAAUGUUGUUAAACAAAGGUCUUGAUAUAAGAUUUGCGGAUUUAACAUACAAAGUAAACAGUUGGACAGAUACAUUUAAAAUAGAAAAGAAAACUAUUUUGAAAGGUGUGAGCGGUGCAUUUUAUCAAAGUCAACUAUGUGCAAUUAUUGGAUGUUCGGGAUCUGGAAAAUCGUCAUUAUUAAACGCAUUAUCUGGUUAUAAGACUAGUGGAUAUAGUGGAACAAUAUUUAUCAAUGAUAAACCUCAAGAAUUGAAAUCAUUUCAGAAACAAUCAUGUUACAUUAUGCAAGAAGACCAACUUCAUGUGCAAUUAACAGUCAGAGAGUCUAUGGAAUUUGCAUCAAAAUUAAAAUGUUUAACUUUAUCAUUAAACGCGAACAAACUUAAAAUGAUAGAUUUAAUUUUAGAAAAUUUAAAUCUGCUUAAAAUUCAACAUACGGUUACAAUUAAUUUAUCUGGUGGUGAACGUAGAAAAUUAUCCAUUGCAUUAGAACUGGUUCAUAAUCCAAGCAUCAUGUUUUUUGAUGAACCAACCAGCGGUUUAGAUAGUUUAUCAGCAAAUCAAGUAUUAGACACAUUAAGGGAAUUGGCCAAUUCUGGCCGUAAUAUAAUUUCUACAAUACAUCAAGCGUCUGCUUCACAAUUAAAGAUCUUUGACAUUCUUUAUGUACUUACUCCAUCUGGCCAAUGUAUUUAUCAUGGUUCGACAUCAAAUCUUUUAGAUUAUCUAGCUGCACAUGGUUUACGAUGUCCAUUGUAUCACAAUACUGCAGACUAUAUUAUUGAAAUAAGUCUUGGAGAGUAUGGAGAUCAUACUGAAAAAUUGGUACAAUAUAUUAAUAAUGGAAAGUCUACAGAAUGGUUAAAGAAUACUAGUCAAAAACAUUUAGCUAAAGAAGAUAAGUUGACAGCUGUCAUCAAUGAUGAAUGUCAAGAUGGACAAUUUAUAAAAUAUAUUUACAACCAUUUGAUUCAACUUAUUAUUUUAUCGCAUAGGUGUGCAGUUAAGACAUUGAGAGAAAAAUUCAUCAUUACAAGAUUGCUGGUUCAUAUUAUUGUUAGCGCCGUGUACGGUUGGGUAUACUUUGGUGUUGGUAUUAACGCAUCAUUUAUACACGACAAUCUAAUGUUGUUAUUCUUCAGUUUACUGUUUAUUAUGUAUACUGCUAGUUCUUCAAUGAUAAUCAACUUUCCCUUAGAAAUUCAAAUACUUUCAAAAGAACAUUUCAAUCAGUGGUAUUCCUUGUUGUCAUAUUAUCUAAGUUUCACUAUAGUAGACCUACCAAUUCAGGUUCUGUGUACGUUCUUGUACUGUGUGGUAUUGUACUAUUUUACUGGACAACCACUUGAAUGGCCCAGGUUUGGGUUAUAUACGCUCAUGAUGUUAAUGGUGGGACUAUUAUCACAGACUAUAGGCAUGUUAAUGGGAACAUUGUUUAGCGAUUUAAGGUUCAGUACAAUUCUAACCAGCUUUCUACUCAUGCCGUGGAUGAUGUUUGGUGGAAUUUUCAUUAAAAUCUCUGACACGCCAGAGAUUUUUCGAUGGUUGUUUGACAUUUCCUUCAUGAAACAUGCCAUGGAAGGAAUAGUGCAUUGUGUUUACGGUUUGGAUCGACCCAGGUUAUAUUGCCCCAAAAUUUACUGUUACAGCACUUCACCCUCAAAUAUUUUAAAAAAUUUAGACAUGCCAGUCAACAAGUAUUGGUUUAAUUUUCUUGCUGUUACCACCAUUUAUUUGCUGUUGAAGGUGUUAACAUAUUUAGUGUUGAAAAAAAAGUUGGAAAUUCACUGAGGGCCUUAAUUGUUAUUAAACAUUAUAGUAUGCUAAUGCAUCAGUAUACUUUUAUUUGAACCAUGUACGUUUAUAUUCUUACCAAUAAUUGGUAUACUAUUUAUACUGUUACCUAGUUUAACUUUGCCAAAGACAGAACAUAAAAGUGAUACUCAAUAAUUAUUAUUAUGUUAAAUUAAAAAUAAAGUAAAUUGUUUAAUUUAAGUUUUUAAAUCACAAACUAAUGGAAUAAUUAAUAAGACUGGUGAUUGCUGUGUGACUUUAUCACUGUUUAAUUUGUUUUUAUUGAUUUAUCUUUGUUGUUUACAUAUUUAAAUUUGUAAAUUAUUAUUUAUAAAGUAGAAUGACUAUUCUAGACUUACAGUAUACAACAUAUUUACUUUGUAUAAUUUAUUAUGAACAUACAUUUUAUACAGUUUUGAGUUGUAUCUAUUAUUUUACUUUUUGAUAUAUUUAAACCCAAUAUGUGCUGUGUCUGUUGACCAUAAACCAACGUCAUACAAUUGUUUUAAAUAUAUUUCAAAAUGUUGAAAUAUUAUAAAAUUGUUAUUACAUCAUAAGUUCAAUAGAUGUGAAUCAAACAAUGUUGUACAUUUUAAACAUCACAUAAAACGUUAUAUCUCAUGUUAUUCUAUAAAAUUAAUUUUUUUAUAAAAAAAUAUUACGAGUUUUUUCUGAGUUAA